CCGGGGGCCGGCAGAGCCGGGCAGAGGCGCGCACAGCCGCGCGGGGCGCCCGUCGCCAUGGCAGCGCUUGCUCCGGCGAGAGUGAACCUCAUGCCCUGAAUCUCCAAGGGAACCUUUGAAAAGGAUCUUCCCCUCCCCACCAUCUCAUUGUUUGCCAGCUCUGCUGUGUACAAGAAAGCUUGAAAGACCAGGCUGAGCCCUAAAAGACAGCGAAAAAGACAAUGUAGUGAGAGUGCUGUGAGGUCUUGGAUAGGGAACCCUCUGAAUCCUGUUUCUAACUCUUCUCUCUGUUGGUAGCUCUCUGACAGCCUUGGCAGGAACCUCUACGGGGCCACAAGUGUGGUGGCAUUUAGUGAGAGGGGAAUUACACACAGUGUAUGCUCCACCCUCACUAAUUCUGCAGGACCUUUGUUCUCCCUCUUGUCAUCUCUGAAAAUCUUGGCUAGCUGCUUAUUCCCUAGGACACUGGUCAGCUGGCACUUGCUUCUACCAAACCACUUGGAGUCCCCAGAAGUCCUUGCUUGUGUGUGGCCUUCACCAGUCUCAGUAGGAGGUGGUCUCUGAGUCAGAAGGUGUCUGGCUGUCACAUGAAGUAAGGAGAGUUUUUUCUUUGGGGUAAGAGCGGAGGAGGGAGAUGAAAUAGAUGGGGAAGAAAAAAAAAAGUGUGCCCAAGCAAGUGAGGGAAGAAGCACUGGCAAGUAUUCAUGAGAGAGAAAGAAAGUGGAAGAAGGAAAAAGACAGAGAACUAGGGAAAAAACAGAUGAAAAAGUUAGAACAAGGGAAGGAAAUAUAAUCAAACAGGAGGGAAAGGGAGGAUUGAAAGCAAGACAGAGUUGACGGCUGUUCUGCCUGGCACCUGGUGGCAAUGCCUUGAGGAACCCCUCCAGCGUGCAAACAACUCGCAUUGCAGCAGCAGAUGAGGAGGGACGUGGCUCUGCCAGUGCAGAGUCCCGCUCACCCUCUUACAAAACCCCAGCGACAGGGACAGGGUACAGUCUAGCAGGGGUGGCAGCAUGGGGGACUCUGAUUCAGAGUCCACCUUGCACAACAACUCACUGUGGUGGCUGGCAUGUGGCAUGCUAGCUCUGUUGGCCAACUCUUGGAUCAUCCUCAGCAUCACAGCCAAACAGCAGAAACACAAGCCUCUGGAGCUGCUGCUAUGCUUCCUUGCUGGCACCCACAUCCUUAUGGCAGCAGUACCCCUCACCACCUAUGCCGUGGUGCAGCUGCGGCGCGAGUCCUCUGACUAUGACUGGAACGAAAGCAUCUGCAAGGUCUUCGUCUCCACAUACUACACCCUGGCACUGGCCACCUGCUUCACAGUGGCCUCCCUGUCCUACCACCGGAUGUGGAUGGUGCGAUGGCCAGUCAACUACCGCCUGAGCAAUGCCAAGAAGCAGGCUCUGCACGCAGUCAUGGGCAUCUGGAUGGUGUCAUUCAUCCUCUCCACCCUGCCCUCCAUCGGCUGGCACAACAACGGCGAGCGCUACUAUGCCCGGGGCUGCCAGUUCAUUGUCAGCAAAAUAGGGCUAGGCUUCGGUGUCUGCUUUAGCCUCCUGCUGCUCGGAGGAAUCGUCAUGGGCUUGGUGUGUGUGGGUAUCACUUUCUACCAAACCCUGUGGGCACACAGAAGACGCCGGCGGUGCCAUCAUCAGAGAGCAGAGGAAGCAUCAUCCUGCUCUUCAUCAGCACACACCACUUUCAAUGUGCCAGCCAUUGUGGUGGAGGAUGUACGAGGCAAAAGGAGGUCUUCACUGGAUGGCUCUGAGUCAGCCAAGACCUCCUUGCAGAUGACCAACCUCAUAAGUGCUAUUGUCUUCCUGUAUGACACACUCACUGGGGUGCCUAUCUUGGUUGUGAGCUUUUUUAGCCUGCGCUAUGAUACG